CCCGCGAGCAGCCUCCAGUCUCGGCCGCAACAACGGCGCCCAGCAUGCCGCAGCACGGCCGCGGCGCAUUCCCCAAGGCCGCCGUGCCGAGCACCUGGCUCGACGACAGCGCCGGCGCGCGCAUCCACGAGUACCGCGUGCUGCGCGGCAUGCGCGACGCCGACAAGGCCCUCGCGCUGCUGCGCCGCAUCGGCAGCAUUGUGCGGCCCAUCAUGCUGAAGCACGGCUGGCAUCUGCCGCUGCUCAUCGAGAUGCUGCCGAGCAACCCGGCGCUGCUUGGCCUGAACCACAAUCGCGGACAGAAGAUCUCGCUGCGCAUGCGCCAGACACGCGACGGCGACCUGUUCGGCGAGGACAUGCUGAUGGAGACAUUGCUUCACGAGCUGACACACAACGUGCGCGGACCACACGACGCCAUCUUCGAUGCGCAGCUCAAAGAGCUCACAGAGGAGUGGUACGAACUGCGGCGCACCGGGCGAGCCGAGGGCGAGGGCUUCUUCACGCCGGGCAUGCGAGUUGGGAUGGGACAGGUGCCCGACGUGGACCCGCGGCGUGCUCGCGAGAUCGCAGCGCGCAACGCCGAGCUGAGAGCACAGAGAGGCGGCGGAGGUCGAUUGGGAGGCGCUGGGCCUUCGAGUGGCAGCAACGCGGAUCGGGAUCUGCGUCGCGCUGCAGCUGAGGAGAUCCAACAGCUGCGCGAGACGAUCAAUGGCGUCGAGGUCGUGUCGCUGCUGGGCGAGAGCAGCGAUGAGGAGAGCAUGGAGAUCACGAGCGUCGUCAAGAAGGAGCCAAGGCCGUCCGCGCCGAUUGCGCCUGCCAGGCGUGGCGAGACGUCCAAGUCGGCUUCCACGCCCUCGACAUCAGCGCACCGCGCGCCACCGGCCGUCGCCUCUUCGUCGCGGCCAGCACCCAGGCCAUGGACAUGCCAAGCCUGCACGUUCCACAAUCCCGCAACGGCGCGCUUCGCCUGCGACGUCUGCCAGCAGGCACGGCCCGGCGCCAGCGCCCAGGUGGCGCCUGCGCCGGCUGCCGAGGCCGGGUGGCAGUGCGGCCGCUGUGGCUUUGCGAUGCAGGGCGAGGCGGCCGUGUUCUGGAUGUGCUCGCAGUGCGGCAAGAUCCGGGACAAGUGAGAGUGCGGGAGAAGGGCGGAGAGGGCGAGGAGCAGAAGAAAGCGGCUCGAGCGUUCGCGAAACACACAUCCACAUUCACCGAUACUCAUCUCAUCAUCAUACGUCACCGUCUAUUGAACACGUGCCUCUCUCAUCACUUCACUUCUUCAGCGCCGCCUCCGCACGCGCCACGAGGUCGGCGACGUCGGCGUCGCUCCACUGCCGGCCGUCCUUGGCAUCGAUGAUCGCGCGCGCAACGGCACCCUCGGCACGGAUCUUGCGCAGCUCAUCCUCCACCUUGUGCUGGGCCUUC